CGGGCCAGCUCGGCCUCCAGAUGAGCCUCCAGGUCAGCCUCCAGGCCAGCGCGCAGCCACAGUAGCUGGAGGCGCGCGCCGUGCUCGCGGGGGCCGGGCCCGAGCUGGGGCUUGGGGCGGAGUUGGGGGCGGGGGCCGGCGCGCGGGCCCGUGUGGAGGCGGAGCCAGAGGCCGCGGCACGGACCGGGGCGGUGCCGGGCCCAGGGCCAGGGGCAGGGACGGAGCUGGAGGGCCGGAGCCCGCUGGCACCCCCGGGCCUCGAUCCGCGGCGCACGCCGUGGUUGCGCCGUCCGUGGCGGCGCUCUCGCUUCCUCCAGUAGAAGAGCAGUGUGUGGCGGAAGGUGCGCGGCGGAAGGGUGAAGUGCAGUGGCACGAUGUUGUUCACUGUAGCUGCAACUGCUUAGGCUCAAGUGAUCUCCCACCUCAGCCUCCCAAGUAGCUGGGACUACAGGCACAUGCCACCAUGGCCAGCUAAUAUUUGUAUUUCGCGGGGGCAUAGAUAGAGGUCUCAACAUGUUGCCCAGACUGGUCUUGAACUCCUGAGCUCAAGCAGGAACUCCUGCCUCGGCCUCCCAAAGUGCUUGGAUUACAGGAGUCUGCAGCCUGGAGGCCACAGCCAUGGCAGGCCCCCGAUACCCAGUUUCAGUGCAAGGAGCAGCCCUGGUGCAGAUCAAGAGGCUCCAAACCUUUGCCUUCUGUGUGCGCUGGUCAGACGGCAGCGACACCUUCGUGCGCAGGAGUUGGGACGAAUUCAGGCGGCUCAAGAAGACCCUCAAGGAGACCUUCCCGGUGGAGGCGGGCCUGCUGCGGAGAUCUGACCGCGUUCUCCCGAGGCUUCUCGAUGCACCACUGUUUGCACACGGGGGGCGCACGAGCCGCGGCCUGGCGCGCCUGCAGCUGCUGGAAACCUAUUCUCGGAGGCUGCUGGCGACUGCAGAGCGUGUGGCACAGAGCCCGGCGAUCACUGGCUUCUUCGCACCGCAACCCCUGGACCUGGAGCCCGCGCUGCCACCCGGCAGCCGAGUGAUCCUGCCCGCCCCAGAGGAGCCGCCUGUCUCGCGUGCUGCGGGCCGCCUCUCCAUCCACAGUCUGGAGACUCAGAGCCUGCGCUGCCUGCAGCCCUUCGGUACCCAGGAUACGCGGAAUCGGCCUUUUCAGGCGCGGGCCCAGGAGAGCCUGGACGUGCUGCUGCGGCACCCCUCAGGCUGGUGGCUGGUGGAGAAUGAGGACCAGCAGGUAGCCUGGUUUCCAGCGCCCUACCUGGAGGCGGCGGCCCCGGGCCAGGGCCGGGAGGGAGGCCCGUCCCUAGGCAGCAGCGGUCCUCACUUCUGUGCUUCCCGCGCCUACGACAGCAACCGCGCAGAUGAGCUGUCAGUGCCCGCGGGGGCGCGCGUGCGCGUGUUGGAAACGUCAGACCGCGGCUGGUGGCUGUGCAGGUACGGCGACCGAGAGGGCCUCCUUCCCGCGGUGCUGUUGCGGCCGGAAGGGCUGGGCGCACUCCUGAGCCGGACGGGGUUCCGUGGAGGAGACGACCCGGCCGGUGAGGCCCGGGGAUCCCCCGAACCCUCCCAGGCCACCGCCCCUCCCCCCACCGUGCCCACCCGACCUUCGCCGGGCGCCAUCCAGAGCCGCUGCUGCACCGUCACACGCAGGGCCCUGGAGCGGCGCCCAGGGCGCCAGGGCCCGUCCCGAGGGUGCGUGGAGCCUGUGCCUGUGCCGCAUCGUACUACGGAGCGGUGAGCGCGAGGACCCCGAUGGGGGGAUGGACCGCGCCGUCCCAGGGCUGGGACGAGUGCGGAGGGCGGAUCUCCCUGGCCAGCAGGUCGGGAGGCGGGUAUUUGCUGUUCCUCUGAGUAAAGCUUGUUCUGAAUGACCCCC